AUGUCCAACGGUUUCACACAAAUUAGACAACAACUUACUCUUAUGAGAGCUAUUGUGCCAUGUGUGAUGGAUAAGUUUGUUGAUGGUGAUGAAUUUAUUGAUAAGAUGGAGGGGGAUGAGAAGAAGCAUGCAGAUGAGGAAGCAAAGUCUACUCAUACAGUCGUGCAGAAUAAGGAAGAUGAGAAGGAGGCAUAUAUAAAGGUCGCCAUGUUUAAGGGUGUAGAUAAAAAGGUUGUUGGCAUACAUGAUGGGUCAAAUGAUGAAUGUGGGAACAAUAAGGAUGACAAAGUUGACAUAUUUGAGGAUGUAGAAAAAAAGAAGGAUAGAUCUAUUGUCGAUAAGGGGCCAAUGUAUAAGAUACCAAAAAAUAUGGAUCACAAUAAGCAUAAAAAACGCCCAAGAGCCUAUUUCAAAUCUUCAUAUAUGAGUAUCCCUUCGACUUCACGAGAACCACUCCGUCCUCCACAUUUCAAAAUAGAUGCAUUACAGUCUGAAGAAAUAUUUGCUUUAUAUGAUAAAAGGGAUGAAGAAGCACUUUCUUUUACAUAUAGAGGCGAAUAUGUGGGGUAUCCUUGGGGCAUUGAUUUCUGGAAGCAUAUUUUCUGCCAUAAUGAUCCAAUUGAAGAACGUGGUUGGCUAGAAACUUCGCAUAUCGAUAUGUGGAGUCUUUUACUAUUAGAUACAAAGCUCCCCGAGGAAAGAUGGACGAUUAUGCCCAUCCAUUUUAUGGCCUUUUUUGACAAGAAGUCAUUGAUCCCUUUUGCAAAUGGGUCUAAGCCUCCGUAUGUAGAUUGGGCUAAUGUUGAUUUGGUGUUGUUUCCUAUCAAUAUUAACAAUUGUCAUUGGUUGACGGGAGGUAUGGACCUGAGGACAUGGACUUUAACACUUUAUGAUAGUUCAAUUUCAGAAGUAUCUAAUGAGAUAAUAUUGGAAAACCUACUAGCUUUCAAAGAGAAUUUCAAUGACUUCUUAAAGUUAAUAGAUUAUUGGACAAAUACUGGACGAGAGUCCACCCACAUGAAUUUGAAUAUUCAAUUUGCCAAAGGUGUACCCCAGCAAGUAAAUGGAAGUGAUUGCGGGGUUUUUGUUUGCAUGUGGUUAGAGGCUCUAAGUAGUGGUAAAGAGUUGAACAUAAAAACAGAUGAUGUAGCGGCCGAAUGUAUGGAAUAUCGUAGGCGUAUGGCACGGAUUAUCUGGGCACGUCGUGACUAG